CUCGCAUCUGGCGUAAGAGAGUCAAAUUCUGAGAGCAUCUUCAAUCUACCAGUCAAGUCUGAUGCUAAUUUUACCUUCGCUUUAAGCAUUCCUAAUAACUCUACCAAUCUCUAUUGCGGUCAGAACAGGAAGCGAGAUAAAGGACUCGUUUCGAUCAUAUUAUACCCGAACAAAAGGGGAGGCAAUAUCAUAAUCAGCCCACGUCUAUCAUUUAGGGAGCAACAGCCAACAUAUUCUUCAACGAUUGCACUUAACGUGCUAGAAGGCACUGAUGAUAACAGCAAAUAUGCGAUGCUUCGAUUAUUCAAGAGGGGCAACUGGGCCACUGAAUCUUCAAUUUACGUCUCAGACCUAGAUCUUAGGCCUCGGUCCUACAAGAGGAACGUUCAAACUGCAGAUCUGCCAGAAUUAAGAGACAUUCGGAAUAUGCGCUGUGUAUACCUAGGAUCUUUUAAAAUAGAUAUAAAACACACAACAGGUGGCAUUGGUCAGCUCCCCUCCACUUACGCAAUAUCUAUUAGCUCUACGAUGAGUGAUAGUGUGACAGACGAUAGCAAUUUGCCCAGCAUAUUCUACGCCCUUUGUGCCUGUAGAGCCUUAAUACUACUCAUGCCGACCAGUAUCGUGUUCCUUCGCCUAGGUCUAAAGAACGCUCGCUGGCACUGA